AUGACAUUAUCAACAAAAAUGCCCAUCAAGUUAGAUUCCUUGAACAAUGAAACAUUUAAAGCUCUUAGAGAAAAAACAUUGAACCUAAGGAAAGAUAAAGUUUAUGUUCAUCUCUCAGGGGAAAAUUUAAACAUAAGUACAAUUGAGAAAACUUGCCCCUUAACAUUUCUUAUGCUAAAACAUAAGUACAAGAUAGAUACACAGAAUAUCCAAAUCAAGGUUGUAAAUGGAAAAAAAAGUAGAGAUGACACAGAAUAUGUCAUAACUGAUACUUCACCAAAUGAAUGUAUUCAUAAAGGACAUGGAAAAGCAUUCAAUGAUGGGGUAGGAAAUAAUACAGAAGGAAAAAAUAAUUCAAAUGAGAAAAUAAUCACAAACGCAAGAAAUGCAGAAAUCGGACAUAGAGGAGAAGGUGGAACAAAUUUCAUGGACUCCUUCAUUCAAUUCAAUAUUCCCGUUUUGAAUGAAUUCGAAAGGUUUUAUUUCUAUAAACACAUCAUUGAAAUAAUAGAUACUCUAGCUGCAGAUGUUGUGUACAAACACAGCAUGGGAGGAUACAAGAAAAACGAUAAAUACAACUUUGUAACAGUCCUUUUUAAUAAUCUGAAGAUAUAUGAAAAGAACAAAAUUCAUCACGAGUUUUGUUUUUCCUUGCAUGAGCAAAAACCAUUGACCAUUAAUUGUUACAUUGUAUAUUCAGGAAAUACGUCCUACAUAUUAAAACUGGACUUUUUUCAAGAAAAUAAUCUUGUAUUCGAUAUAUACACAACUUUUGUAAAUAUAAAUAGCGUAACAUUUAAACCACAAGAAGUCAUACAUGUGAACAAUUCACACAAUAAUGAGAGGUAUAAAGAAGUAAGUAUUUUUGCUUCCCACCUUAAGGAAGUGCAAAAUUUGUUUAAUCACAAGGAUAUGAAAAAUAUGCUUUUACGACAAGAAGAUAUUAAUUUCAUGUUAGAAUAUUUUAAAAAUAGUAAAGUGGAAAAGAAAAAUUUUCAAAAAAAUGUUUAUCAAAAUGUCGACAUUUUUGAUUAUGACCAUGUUCAGGCAAAAUUGACUAACAGUGAAAAAGGUCAAGUAGUAGAAGCAUCACAGCAAUCAUCUGCAGUAUUAUCCACACCAUUGGCUUCCCAGAAAAAUACCAUACCAAUUAUCGGACACAUUUUAAAUACAAAUAAUUUAGCAUUCUACACAGGAAAAAAUAUCUUUUAUUGCAAAGAUUCUUACAUAGAAUCGAAGAAUUUUAUAUCAUCCGAAUUUAAAAAUAUUCAUAAUUUUACCUUUGGUGGACACCUUGCUUACAUGUCUUUCUGUCACGCCAUGACUAUAAUCAAGCAUUUUGUUUCCCACCCAGUUCUCAUCGAAAUAAAUGAAAUUCAAUAUAUUUUACCAGUUCCCUACAAUUCUGUCGUAUCCUUUAGGGGAAAAGUGGUCUAUUGUGACGCCGACAAAAUUCAGGUAAAAAUUGCUGCCUACUGUUUUGACUUAAAAAAAAAUACACACUACUUAACCACCAUUUUUGACAUAUCCUUUAAAAAUAAUUCAGAAAUUUCCUUUAUUCCAUUGUCUGAAGAAGAGAUUAAACUAUACUUAUUGGGGUACAUCCGUUCGCAGUUGCUGCCUUAG